AUGGUCACCCUUCCGACAGCAAUGUCGGCGCCGCAAGACUCGCCUCAGGGCCAUGAGCAUCCCGAUUCCUGGACACGGUCCAUCGAUGCCGUCUAUGCGCUCUUCGAAUCAGAGGCGAACCGGGCUGCGUAUCCGCGGCUUGCCGACAAGGUGCAGAAGGCCGUCGAGCUGUGCCAGGAGGUAUUGGAGGAGCUUGGACCGAGACGAUGGGCGUUGAGCUUCAAUGGGGGAAAAGAUUGUACUGUCCUUGUUCACAUCCUCUCUGCUGUCCUGCGCCGACUCGAGAAGCUUCCCGCGCGCACGUUGGAUCCGAUCCCGGCGCUGUACAUCACAUGCACCUCGCCCUUUGAGCAAGUGGAUGAGUUCGUGGCCGAGUCGAUGCAGCGGUACGAUCUCCGCCUCGUCAAGCUUGGCGGCGAUAUGAAGGCCGGCCUCGAGGCGUACCUCGACGGCGUCGAGGAGGUCAGUGAGGUCCAUGGAAGUUUUUCUGGUGGCCCACCGAAUGGCACUGCAACGAUGGAGGAGGCAGGAAACGGAGAGCGGAGGAAGCGGGAUUGCAGGGCGAUCUUCCUUGGCACAAGACGCACCGAUCCGCAUGGAGCCGAUCUCACGCCGAGAGCGCCAACCGACAAGGGGUGGCCGAACGUCGAGCGCGUCCAGCCGAUCCUCGAUUGGGACUACGCCGACGUCUGGGCUUUUCUUCGCUGUCCGCUCCUUGCAGACUCCGGCGACGAAGAGCACGGGAAUGCACAGAGCAGCCCGGCAAAGAAACUGAGCGGGUCUGCCGAAGGAGUCCCCUACUGCAUACUCUACGAUCAAGGAUACACAUCUCUGGGAAGCACCUUCAACACAUUCCGGAAUCCUUACUUGAAGUCGGAAGACGGUCAGUCUUACAGGCCGGCCUACAUGUUGCAGGACGGCAGCCUAGAAAGAUGCGGACGGGGCAAGCAGCAAUAA